UCUUCUCAGAUUCCAACCCAGUUAAGAAGCAACUCAUCAAAAUGUCGCUCGGAGGCAUUUCAGAGACCACACCUGCCACACCAGAAAUUCAGGAGAUUGCUGACAAGGUCAGACCACAGCUCGAAGGGAAAACCAAUGAGAAAUAUGAAAAAUUCAAAGCUGUUGAAUAUAAAUCUCAAGUCGUCUCUGGAAUAAUCUACUUCAUUAAGAUUGAUGUAGGCAAUGGUUGUUUCAUUCACAUAAAAGUCUUCAGUGGGCCCUCUGGAAAAGAUAAUUAUGAACUACAUGGUUACCAGACUAGCAAAACCAAGAAUGAUGAGCUGACCGACUUCUAAGCAGAAAUUCUAAAGUGACCUGAUUCCUUUCAUUGCAAACAGAUGCAGCCAUCAAUAAAGACACAUUCUUGAAAUAACUGUUUUCUUCCCUCAUUACUCAGUAUUGUGUUGACCUUUACUUCUUAUAAAAUCAUUUUUAAAUAUGGAA